UUACCAAUGGGGCCAUGAAAUCAUCCUAACUUCCAGGAAGGGAGAGAGUAUAUUUAGGGGUUGAUAACCACUUGACGUCUGCGGAUAUUAGCUUUCUUCGACAUAUGUCUCUUCUCGAUUGCUUUGCAGUAGUUAUCCGGCGGAGUGACGGUAAUUCUACUUUUAUCAACUCUUCACAAAUCGCAAUCUCUCCAUGUGUCAUAGUUUAACAACCGUCAUACAAUCUGCGUCUCGGAAGCAUUAGAGUUAAAUAAUAAUAAGAUCGCGAGUCGGAAUGUUUUGGUUCGUGUGUUGAUGAAGAACAAAGUCACUUUUCCCCUUGUUUUUAGGUUUAUGUAUUGGUAAUUAGGCUUUAUUUUUUAUAGAACUAAUCAUAUUUUCAGUGCUAAGCGAUUUGUUAUCAGUUUUGACGUUUCAGUGAUCUAUUACAGAACAGCAUAAGCACGGCUACAAUUAAGAGGUGCAGACUUGCCUUUAUCUAUAAUAAUGCUUCUGUUCAAAUCGCUGAUUCUGUAUACACCUUUUUUCGAAUUAUUUUGAAAAUUAGAUACUGUUGUGAAAUACACCUAUUUCUAUUCAGUAUUCGUUUAUAUAAUUAUUCUGAUUUGCUUUUGACACUUGGUUUUGUUGUUGAGUGACAUUGCUCUUUAAUUUCGAGUCUUAUUGAUGUAAAUAUGUAAUGCCUGCUGAAAGCUAAAUAAUAAUGGUUUCAUUCACCAAGCAUUGUUCUGCAGAACUUCCGUUUAUUCUGUGAUAGAAUCUUCAGUUAUGCAGCAUAACAUUUACUGGGUGGACGAGAAGGUCCUAAGACUUCUAAUAUGUUGGUUUUCGUUCUGUUUUGUAUAACUCAACUUGAAUUUAUUCAGAUUGACAUUGAAUUAGUUUUCCAUUGUGCAACCCCUUAUAUGGUACAUGUACAUGUCCCUUUAUUCUCAACUAUAUUGCUGGUACAUAAAGUACUCAAGUAGUCACAUAUGUAGUAGUAUUUGAUUUUUUUCAUUUCCCUUGGAUAUUUUAUUAUGAAAAGUGAUAGAGUUGAUGCUUCCAUUUGUGUGCAUGAAAAUUGUGCCCUACUAUUGUCAGUAUCUUAUUAUCUUGGCAGCUUCUAGCAAUUCAAAAUGGACUUUGAAGAAGAAGAGAAUAGUUUUUAUGGAAGUGUCCCUGAGUUCGGUGCAAUUUUUAUGUCAAAUAUUGCAACUAAAAGGGUAUGCUUUAAGAAGAAAGUCAUGGGCAGUUCAUUGUCCCGGGCUAGCUUUGUGAAGAAGAUUAAAUGCGGAAUGGUCUUAUUCCUAUUUGAAUAUGAGAGGAGAGAGCUUUUUGGAGUUUUUCGUGCUAGUUCAGAUGGGGGAAUGAAUAUUGUACCUCACGCAUUUAGUUCAUCAGCCGGGGUCGACUAUCCUGCACAGGUUUCUUUCACCCCAAUUUGGAAGUGCAGUCCACUUUCUGAACCUGAAUUCCGAGAAGCAAUUAGUGCUAAUUACUAUUCUCAAAAGAAGUUCAACUUUGGGCUAUCUCGAGAUCAGGUUCAGAAUCUUCUCUUGCUGUUCAGCACAAAGAAGUUAAGAACUAAGCUACCCCCUAGACAGUUGACUAGAGUAAACAGAAAACGAGUUGGGGAAAAUGGUAGUGUUGUUGAUGACGAGAACCAUGCACUGAGUAACAAUAGUGGUCUUCUCAAUGAGGAUGACUUCAAGUCAUCUCCGGUGGUAGCUUAUCGAAGGAACUUUUGGGAUAGAGAUACUGUGAGGAAUAGUGAUACACGUCCCGGGGUAGAUAUGAUGAACAAUGAAUAUGGGGUUUGUUUUUCAGAGGGGAAAUACCAGGAUAAUGUGUAUAGUGAUUCACCUAGUAGGAAAAGAGAAGAUGAUGACGAAAGGAUAUUUUUUAAUGAUGUUCCACAUAAUAUGCAAAAUGAUCGCCCUCUUAUGAAAGACAUGAGAUUAACUGAGGGUAGACAGUUCAUGAUGGAUGAUACAUUUGACAAUUGUAAUCAUCUUCCAUCUGGUAUGCAUUCUAAUGAUCUUGUCGACCCUAUUCAUGUUAGUAGAAAAAAUGAUGGUGCUAUGGUUACAGAGAGGGAAAGGAUAGUAAAUAUAUCCAACAUAAACUUUGAGUCAGGGAUGACCAGAUUUGCAUCGCAUAGUGGAAAUUCUCUGCUCAAUGGUGGUUUUGAAGAGCGUCAUAAUAUGGAUAACACUUAUUCAUGUGACCGUAAAAGUGACCUUGGAAAGAUUGUAGAAAAUGCCAGUAGUCAGCCUAGAUUGAUUCAUGAUAGCACAGAAAGCAAGCAUCUAAAGAACUAUGCUACCAUUUCUGAUAUCACAUCUGCUCCUUUUGGAAGCACAUCACAAAGCAAUGACGUAUUGUACGGCGAUCCUAGACAUCCAGUAGGUUGUAACAGAAGAGAACACAGUCCAGAUGCUUUUGUGGAUCCAAGUUUUCAUGGUCGAACAAAUAACCGAUUUCAGUCUCCUGUUAAGGAUGUAAGAGGACGUGAAAAUACUAAUGAUUUUCUGCUUGGAUCUCAUCCCUCGAACAAAAAAUCCACUUUUUGCCAAAAUGUAGAUGAAGAAGGGACCAAUGCAGAUUGGUAUUUAAAGAAGAAUGCUGCCAAAGCUACAUCUUAUGUGGAGAAUUUUGAUAGGUUUCAUGAAAAUACUGAUGAACAUUUGAUUGGAUUGCCUGCUUCAAACGAACAAUCUACUUUUUGCCAAACUGCAGCUGAACAACGGGCCGAUACAGACUGGUAUGGGAAGAACAAUGCUAAAAAAGCUGCAUCCUAUGUGGAAAAUUUCAAUAGAGUUCAUGAAAAUACUAAUAAAUUUGUGCUUGGAUCUUCUGUUUUAAAUGAACAAUCUAUUUUCGGACAAAAUGUAAGCGAACAACAGGCUAACACAGACUGGUACAGGAUGGACAAUGCUGAAAAAGCUGCGUCUUUCAUGGAGAGUUUUGAUAUGCAUCACCGUUCACACAAUGAAAUGAAGCAAAUCACUCCACCAAACUCUGGCAUGUCGUUUUUUGAGACAGCUCUCUCUCGAAUUACGGAAGCUGUAAACUUUGAAUCGUCUCCCUCUAAACUUCAAACUGUAACGACAAUCGCAAGAGCUCCACCAUCUGAUCAUGAGCUUUCCACAUCUCAUUAUGGAAACUUCUCAUCUCAUCUCGUUGAUGGCAGAUCUAGUUCAAUACAUGAAAAAAACUCUCAUUGUCUCAGAGGUAUGCCAUACCAUGAAAAAGUAGGAGGUACAACAGGACAUCCAGAUAUUACAUUUGCUGAUCACAGGGAAAGAUCACAUCUACCUUUACAGCCUCGGAUUCGUGAAUCUCAUUUUGAGUUUGAGUAUGCCAAGAAUCUGGGACUUCAUUCUUAUGAAGUUCUACCUUCUCAGAUGCCACAUAUGGCUUCUAUGGCUGUUGCUGGGCCAGGUGAUGCUGCUCCUGAAGGGGAAAAUGCAGGUUUUUCCCAUCUAUCCUUCGAUUUAAAAAGUUAUCCUUCAUAUGCCACUGAACGCACUUCAUUGCCACCUGGUAUCAGAGAGUGUAUGGCUGUGCAAGAAACUGAUGGAAUGAUUAUGGGCGAUGAGUUUUCACAAAUGGAUCAGAAGAAUAACUAUGAUCUAUAUGAAACAAAUACAGGGAAUGAUGGUACUUAUCACAAUUUAUCAUCUGAGAUGUCAGGUUCUGGGUUCAGACAAUUCAACCGAAAAAGCGUCUUCUCUCGGUUAUCUGCUAGCAAGUGUUCACUCAAAGAAAAACAAACUGGCUAUGUCACUAGUCAUAAUGAUCUCCUGGACACACCCGUUGAUGAUGUCCCAGACACGUCUGUUGAUGAUGUCAUGGGCAUGCUACAAAGUCAGCUUAGUCAGGUUCUUCUGGUGAAGAGGCAAAUGAAAUUCAAACCAUUGGGCAAAUGUCCUGACAAUAGUGAAGUAACUACCUGUGGAAAGCAUGACAAUGAUCUGAAAAAGAAUGUGCCUCAAGCCACUGAACAAAAUGUUAUUUCUCGUGCAGCAAGAGAGACACGGGUGGUGGAUUUUGGGCGUCGGAGUGAUUUAAUGAAAAAGUCUCAUGAUAGAGACAGUUCUGUGGCUGAAAAACUUGCUAUAGCUCCUAAGCAUAGACAACUCAAAAGAGGUUUGAUGUCCAAGGAGAAGAUGCCUUCUGAAAUUGAAAUAGCAGAUAGCUCCAUGGUUAAAGAAAUGCCAUUUAUAGCUCCAAAUCAUAGACAACUGAAAAGAGACUUGAUGUCCAAGGAAAAGAUUCCUUCUGAAAAUGAAAUAGUUAAGGAUCCUGCAUGUAAGCCUACGAAACGCAGAAAGCUGGUGAGGCCAUUUUUUGGUAAUGUUGGUGCAUGUUUUCUGGGAAACCACCACAGUGAUGAGACCUCCAAUGACAACCCAAUAUUUGUUAAAGCACACCAACACUGUGCCACGAGUCAAGAACCAGAACCAGUCAAUGAGCCGCCUUUAAGUGGGCAAGACUCAAGAAAUAGGGAUCCUGAUGGUAACAUUACAAAUCAAAACAGCGGAUCAUCCAAUGUGCUCCCCGCAACUGUCUGUGAGAACAAGGAUUCUAACAUGAAUCAAAGAUCUGACAACCCUGUAUUUGUUAAAGCACGCCAACACUGUGCCACAAGUCAAGAACCAGAACCAGUCAUUGAGCUGCCUUUAAGCGGGCAUGACUCAAGAAAUAGGGAUCCUGAUGGUAACAUUACAAAUCAAAACAGCGGAUCUUCCAAUGUGCUCCCUGCAACUGUCUGUGAGAACAAGGAUUCUAACAUGAAACAAAGAUCUGACAACCCUGUAUUUGUUAAAGCACGCCAACACUGUGCCACUAGCCAAGAACCAGAACUAGUCCUUGAGCUGCCUUUAAGCGGGCAUGAUUCAAGAAAUAGGGAUCCUGAUGGUAACAUUACAAAUCAAAACAGCGGAUCAUCCAAUGUGCUCCCUGCAAGUGUCUGUGAGAAUAAGGAUUCUAACAUGAAACAAAGAUCUGAAUGUGAAAAUUACAGUUCUAAAAUGCAUGACUUUUCAUCCAUGGAACCUGAUGAAAAAUAUCCGGGGAAAUUGUCUCAGGUUGAACCCCUUGAAACUCCACAGUGUACCCAUGGUAUCUCGUGUCCUGAAGCAGGAGGUGAUGGUACAUCUGAAGCUACCAAGGUUGCCGAUAAUGUUUCAUGUCUUGACGAUCUUCAAGGUGUUGAAAAAUGUUUCAUGUCUUGACGAUCUUCAAGGUGUUGAAAAAUGCAAGUUAAAAGGUGAAAGGGUGGCAUAUUGAAUGACGUUAGAACUAAAAUUAUGAUAGCGGCUGUCUGUGUGAAAGAUAAUGGGAUUUGUUUUGUACCAUAUGGGAGGUGGUCAGCAGAUUGCUAUGUCCUGCCUGGUAAGCGGUAUAAAAUAUAUUUUUUGUCGAAGAUCAGCGGUCUGAAGUCCCAAAUAUUUUGCUUCUACUUUUGUGCUCCCUCCCCACGUCAAUAAGCACGACAUGAUAUGGAUCCAUUUGAGACAUAAUAUGAAGAUAAUAUGAAGAUGACACUGUCUCGUGUUAGCAAAAGUUUUUGCUAUUAGAUAGUAGAAUGCUGACACUGGUGUCCAUCUGUUAUUUUUGUAACUUGCUCUAUAUAAAUAAAAGCUAUCUUGGGUUGCACAAGAAUGAUCAAUAGAUGUUAAACAUGUCUGGUCCAAACAGUUUG